AUGAAGUUCGCCAUCCUCAUUGUCGCCAUCGUCGCCGCCGUCCAGGCCGCCCCCCUUGUCCCCCACGCCACCGGCGGAUCCCCCAUUGCCGACUCCUACAUUGUCGUCCUCAAGAACGCCAGCUCUGCCCCUGGCUUCAAGACCAAGUUCGACGGCAUUGCCAAGAAGUACAACGGUCGCGGUCGUGCCCCCGAGAUCCAGCGCGAGUACACCGCCAUCCCCGGUUUCCACGCCACCUUUGAUGCUGCCACCCUCAAGGCCAUCCAGGCCAACCCCGAUGUUGCCUACGUCGAGCAGGAUGCCAUCAUCACCAUCCAGGCUACCCAGACCAACCCUCCCUCCUGGGGUCUCACUCGUGUCGGUCAGCAGGACUUGGACUUGACCCAGCCCUACAACUACCCCGACACCGCCGGAUCGGGUGUUACCGCUUACAUUGUCGACACCGGUAUCUAUGCCGCCCACUCUGAGUUCGGCACCCGUGCCACCUUCGGAGCCAACUUCAUCUCAGGCUCGGCCAACACUGACGAGAACGGUCACGGUACCCACGUUGCUGGAACAAUCGGAGGCACUACUUACGGAGUUGCCAAGAAGGUCAAGCUCGUUGGUGUCAAGGUCCUCAAUGCUUCCGGCUCUGGAUCUACCUCCGGUGUCGUCGCCGGUAUGGACUGGGUUGCCUCCCACGCUGUUGCCGGCAAGUCCGUUGUCAACAUGUCCCUCGGAGGUGGUAAGUCCACCGCCAUCGAUGCCGCCGCUGCCCGUCUCUUCGCUAAGAACAUCCCCUUGAUCGUCGCCGCUGGAAACUCUGAUGACGAUGCUUGCGAUGGUUCCCCCGCUGGUGCCGCCAACACCUUCACCGUCGGUGCCUCGGACCGCUAUGAUGCCCCUGCCUACUUCACCUCCUGGGGCUCGUGCGUUGAGAUUUUCGGACCUGGUGUCGACAUCACCUCUUCCUGGAUCGGAGGUACCACUGCCAAGAAGACCAUCUCCGGAACCUCGAUGGCCACCCCCCACGUCGUCGGUGUUGCUGCUCUCUACAUUGCCCAAGGUGGUUUGACCACUGCCCAAUCUGUCUUUGACAAGUUGGUCCAGACCGCCACCCCCAACGCCAUCUCUGGCAACUUGAACGGUUCCCCCAACCUGUUGGUCUACAACUCUGCCUAA